GCCGAAAUCAAGAAGCCCAAGGCCACGAAGACGGUGAACGCUGACCCCAAGCUCAUUCGCUUCAACGAGCACCCCACCCUGGGGCCCAUGUACGCCUGCUACGCGAAAGACAAGUCCUAUAUAUGUUCUAAGGUGCCAGGCUCGUCGAAGCGGACGCUCUUCCUCGAGAUUAGGAAGCCGCAGACGGAGGAUCACGCAGCUUUGAUAUCGCGUCUCAUGCGCCUCGCCUGCCAGCAUAAAUUUUCAAAGGAGCAGGCGAAGACCUGGAGGGCUAAGCAGCUCAAAUAA